AUGGUGCGGCAAUAAAAACGUACUCGGUCAUAAAAAUAACCAAGUGAGUAUGCCUUUAAGAUAGUUUUCAAAUCGUAAUUUCUAAUCAAAAAUGAAUGAAUAAUUACCGGAAGUAAUAGUUGUCCUUCACUAAACUGUCACUUUAUAUUUCAGAUUCGAGACUUUUGAUCAUGGUUCUUAAUCUAAUCAUACCACAAGAGUGGAACAUACUGCCCUGCGCGACGCUGCAGGUGGAACUGCUCCGUAUCAUCAGAGCAAAGAAAAAAAGUGACUUGACAUCAGCCGGAGUUGUGGGCUAUUACAAUGACGUAGUUGCAGAAUCAAUGGAUUUCUUCGAUUGUUUGUGGUUCCGGAAGCUUGAAGAUACUAGUAAAGAACCCGACUUUCAUCGUUACUCGUUGAUGAUAGUGCCAAUGGUUCCAUCAUCUGCAGCAGAUUCGGAUGACUCAAGCAGCUGCUCAGAGUGUGAUUCCGAUGCAUUGCUAUCUGACGAUGGACCCUGUUCUACUUGUGAUGAGUGUCACGACUCAGAUAGGUAUGAACUGUCAUCAGAUUGUUAGUAAACUGUAGGAGAGUAAAGUCUCAAGUAAAUUCUAGUGUUUAAAGUAAUUUAAGCUAGUGAUUUAGAUGUAAUUGCGUGUAAUCUAAUGUAAACAGUGAAAUUCGUGGUUAUUUAACUCCGUGAGCCAUAUUCGUGUGAGAGCAUUAGUGUCGAGAACAUGUCACAUUAUUUGUUGGUACCCCGUGAGUGGAAAGUGAUUCUAAAGAUGAAAGUGAAACGACAGCUAAGGUAUAUAAUUAUGCAACAUCACGAGGAAUGUGCAAUAUCUGACGAACCGGUUGUGUGUUAUAAUAAUGUGUGCGCAAGAGCAGAGAAAUUCGGAUGCUACAUUUAGUUUAAAAAGACAAGUGAUAUCAGUAAAAAGCCGGAACUGAAGGAAUACAUUAAACUUACAUUGGAAAUAGAAGAAAAACCCUUGAUAUUUAGUCAAGAAGACAUUAUGUUAUUAUUAGAAAUAGAUAAGUAAAUAGCUUACCUUUGAAUUGUGUUGUUUUAUUUUAUAAACAAAUACUGAUAUAUUAUAGGUUACAUGAAUU